CUGUUAAAAUCGUUGAUAAUAAUUGCAUCUUGCUAAAAAUUGUAUAAUAAACACUACAAUGGCGCCUAAGGCUAGAACAGUUGGUAUUAAACCGAAGUCUCAGAACUUCAAAGACAAGUCGAAGCCCACGGAUGUUCGUAUGUCGAACAUACAGGCGGCCAAAGCUGUCUCCGAUGCCAUCCGCACUAGCUUGGGUCCCCGCGGCAUGGACAAGAUGAUUCAGGCCGGCAACGGUGAGGUUUCCAUCACCAACGAUGGCGCCACCAUCUUGAAGCAGAUGAACGUGCUCCACCCUGCCGCCAAGAUGUUGGUCGAGCUGUCCCGUGCCCAGGAUGUCGAGGCCGGUGACGGCACAACCUCGGUCGUGGUCAUUGCCGGUGCCUUGCUGGAGGCCUGCGAGAAACUUCUGCAGAAGGGCUUACAUCCCACGGCCAUUUCGGACUCCUUCCAGCGCUGCUCCAACAAGGCUGUGGAGAUUCUCACACAGAUGGCCACCCCCAUCGAGCUGACGGAUCGUGAGACCCUGAUCAAGAGUGCCUCCACUUCGCUUAACUCCAAGGUGGUCUCGCAGCAAAGCAGCCUUUUGGCCCCCAUCGCCGUGGACGCCGUGCUGAAGGUCACCGAGCCGGGCAAGGAGACCGCUGUGGAUCUCAAGAACAUUAAGGUCAUCUCCAGUCUGGGCGGUACCGUGGAGGAUACUGAGCUGAUUGAAGGCUUGGUCUUCACCAGCCGCUCGGCCGGCACCAAUGCCCCCAAGCGCAUCGAGAAGGCCAAGAUUGGUCUCAUCCAAUUCUGUAUUUCGGCACCAAAAACCGAUAUGGAUCACAGCGUGAUUGUUUCGGACUACGCUGCCAUGGAUCGCGUGCUGAAGGAGGAACGUUCCUACAUUCUAAACAUUGUCAAGCAGGUCAAGAAGGCCGGCUGCAAUGUGCUGCUGGUUCAAAAGUCUAUCCUGCGUGAUGCUGUUUCGGAUCUGGCCCAGCAUUUCCUGGACAAGAUCAAGUGCAUGGUGAUCAAGGAUGUGGAGCGUGAGGACAUUGAGUUUGUCUGCAAGACCCUGCACUGUCGUCCAAUUGCAUCGCUGGAUCACUUCACCGCUGAUAAUCUGGUCAGCGCCGAACUCGUGGAGGAGGUUGCCAGUGGCACCAACAAAUUCGUGAAGAUCACUGGCAUCCAGAACCAGGGACGCACUGUGUCGAUCAUUUGCCGUGGAUCCAACAAACUGGUGCUCGAGGAGGCAGCCCGUUCCCUGCACGACGCUCUCUGUGUGGUGCGUUGUCUGGUGAAGAAGCCCUUCCAGAUUGUGGGCGGUGGUGCACCCGAGAUCGAGAUGUCACUGCAACUGGCUGCCGUCGCCCAGACGGUGGAGGGUGUGGAUGCGUAUUGCUUCCGCGCAUUUGCCGAUGCCCUGGAGGUCAUUCCCUCGACGCUGGCCGAGAAUGCCGGCCUCAAUCCCAUUGCCACAGUCACAGAGCUGCGCAAUCGUCAUGCCCAGGGCGAGAAGAAUGCCGGCAUCAAUGUGCGCAAGGGCGCCAUCACAGAUAUCUAUGCGGAGAAUGUGGUUCAGCCGCUGCUGGUCAGUGUUUCGGCCAUCACCUUGGCCACGGAGACGAUUCGCUCCAUCUUGAAGAUUGAUGAUAUUAUCAAUACCUUCAGCUAAACAGUGGGCCUCCGCCACCUGCAACCUUCAGUCUCUGAUCAAGAUCAAGCAUUUUCCCCUUAAAACAUUAUCAUUUAUUCUCCUCACAUCUUCUACCAUCAUGCGGCUGCGCAUUUAAUUUGAAUAAAAUUCACACUACACUACGCCUUACCACUCUAAUAUGUAUUAAAAAGCGAACUAAAAGAAUUAAAUAUUGCGCUAACACAA